UAGCAAGUUGUCGUAUUUUCGCCAUGCUCAGCAGUAAGUCCUCCAGGGGAAGGUUCAAACGACCUGAAUUUCGUAGUGCACCAGCCUCCGUUGGGCCCGAGCAAGUCCUAAGGAAGCUGGUAGCUCAAUCACGAACUUCCGGGCGUUUAAAUCUUUCUAACCGGUCUCUGACGGCAAUUCCCAAUGCUCUUUGGGAUGAUGUUGCGGAGAGCACGCAAAAGGUGGACCUUUCCUUUGAUAGACGCGAGGCGACUGACGCUAAUUGGUGGGAAGUGGUGGAUUUGACGAGGCUUAUCAUAGCUGACAACAUGUUGGAAGAUUUGGACCCGCGGGUUGGAAUGCUUCAUGGAUUGACAGUCCUGGAUAUUCAUAACAACGUAAUAUCGCGGCUUCCUGAAGAGAUUGGGGCACUAAUAAAUCUUUCGAUUCUGAAUGUUUCCGGCAAUAGCCUCACGUCCCUGCCAGCGGGUGUAUUCGCCUUGCCUAUCAUCGAUCUGAACCUAGCAAACAACAAAUUCUCGGAACUUCCGGCGUCCAUUGGCGACUUUAAGCGGCUGAAAACGCUCGAUGUCUCCAACAACAAGUUGACAUCCCUUCCAACGUCUUUGAAUCAGUUGACGACCUUGACUACUCUCAACCUCUCUAGGAACGAACUUGACCUGCUAGGCGACUUCAGCAGUCUAGUCCAUCUUAGCGAUCUAGAAGUGACUGAUAACAGGCUGACUCGGCUCUUUCCUGCGACUGAAAGCAGCGUGACGCUCCUGCAGUCCUUGCUGCGCCUUGAUCUUCGUCGUAACCAGCUCACUUCGCUCGCUCCAGCGGGGGAAAUCAUCAAAUUCCCUGCAUUACGUGAACUCUAUGUUUCCCAAAAUACUAUAACAAAGUUGGGCGUUGGAAUUCUGGCAGAAGCACCCCAUCUCCAGAUUCUGGAUGUUGGGUACAAUAAGCUGACAGAGUUUCCAAUGGAAAUCCUAGGCUUGAAGGAGCUGAAGCGUUUGGACAUUACCAACAACUCGAUUGGAAAGUUACCGCCAGAGCUGGGUCUAUUGGAGGGUAUCAAUGCUUUUCUAUUUACUGGAAACCCUUUGCGUGGAGUGCCGCUCGGGUCGACGUCGAAGAUUCUGAGUACUUUGAGGGAUAAGAUCGCAGACGCGCCAUCUCCCGCCAUACAAUCGCACGCGAGCCCGCCAGGAAGUCCCGGCAGAAGGGCUAUACCUCCAUCUACCCAAGAGGCGGCCUCCCGCACAGUAGAUCUCUCUCAGCGUUCUUUGGGUCAAUUGGAUUCUUCGUGUUUCAGUGACCUAUCUUGGACUCCUUCCAAACUCAUUCUGCAUCACAAUGCGUUUACCAGAAUUCCCGAAGCUGUGUACGAUUUAGCGCACGGAUUAACAACACUUGUACUGAACCACAACCAAAUUACAGAGUUCCCCGUGAAAAGCCUUCCUAAUUUACAAAUCCUGAACUUGUCGUCUAAUUUCCUUACCUCGCUUCCGUCCUCUCCCGAUUUUCCUGCACUGCGCGAGCUCAACGUUAACCAUAAUCGUAUCGCAAGUUUGCCGCCCAGGUUGCCGUUUCCUCAGCUUGAGACAUUUCUCGUUUCAGCAAAUGUGAUAGACCGGAUUGACCCCAAUACCUUUCGAAACCUCCAACACUUACACAUCCUGGAACUAGCCGAUAACAAUAUAGCACACAUUCCACCUGAGCUAGGGUUGUGCACUGGCCUGCGGAUUCUAACGCUUGGGGGGAAUCCUUUCAGGGUACCUCGCAGACAGAUUCUCGAUAAAGGGACGGAUGCCAUUCUCGCAUAUUUGAGAGACCGUAUUCCGACGUGAUCAACCGAUCGAUGAAAUCUACUGAGACUGUAUUCUCAUUAGCAUUUUCCCGCGUACAGAAUGGGUCAGACUUCCCAGUAGGAUUUUCUUGGGGUGGUGGGGAUGUGUAAAUGAUGACUUGAAGAGGAAUGCGACCAAAAAAUCUGUAUAAAAGGGUUGAUAGCGUACAUAGUAACCACAGUUAUUUAUUUUGUUGGAGUUAAACUAGUUAGGAUACUUUUAGGGUGGUUGUCAUCAAAACAUCUACUAGAUAUGUGUCGAUACUGGUGCUUUGCAAGCUAUAGCCUACCAGGGCCUCCUCGACCCGACCGUUAGUGUCUAAAAUAUCAAUGUACAGCUAUCUGUUGCAUCACUUGAAUGCCC